UCCCUACAAUCCUCUCUCUCUCUCUCUCUAGAUGGAGCCCCAGCCUCCGCCGCCGCCCUCCUCCUCCGCCACCUCUCCUCGGCCACCUCUUUCGCCCCCCAAAAUCCGCCUAAUGUGCAGCUACGGCGGCCACAUAGUCCCGCGCCCCCACGACAAAUCACUCCACUACGCCGCCGGCGAAACCCGCAUCGUCGCCGUCGACCGCCGAUCCACCGCCUCCUCACUCUCCCUGCUCUCCGCGCACCUCUCCCGCACGCUCUUCGGCAACCGCCCCUUCCUCCUCAAGUACCAGCUCCCCGACGAGGACCUCGAUUCCCUAAUCUCCGUCGUCUCCGACGAGGAUCUCGCCAACAUGCUCGAGGAGCACGAUCGGAUCUCUCCGCCUGCCCGCAUCAGGCUGUUUCUGUUCGCCGUCAAGCCGGAGUCCCUCGGCUCCGCGCUGCUCGGCCCUAAGUCGGAGACGUGGUUCAGCGACGCGCUCAGGAGUACGGGGGUUUUGCAGAAGGGGCAAUCGGCGGAUUGUGGCCUUCUGAUCGGCGUUGGACCGGAUUUGGAAGCUCCGGUUGAGAGUUUCAGCAAUAGCGGCGGCGGAGGGGAGAGUAAAGCGGGGGCGGAGUCAUUGGUUUUGGAGACGAAUUCGUCGUUUGGCUCUACUUGUUCGUCCUUUUCCACAUCGAAUUCUCCGCCGAUUGCGAUUGCGGAUGAAAAGGGUUUGAAUUCGCUUGACCGGAAGAAUAGAGUGCCGUCUUCAGCCUCUUUAGAAAGUGAUAACAGUGGUGGAAGUUCGGCUGCUCCUCAAAAGACCGGAGUCUCCCAAGAGCCGCUGAUUCAGGUUGGUCCGGAAUUAUCAUCAGAAGCUCCCGUCUCCGACCCUUUAAUUGAUAUGGCAGGGCAAAAACCAGUUCAAGUUCUUCGAUAUCCUUUACCUCAGGUGCAGGAGGGUAUGAAGCAACAGCACGACACACCCUUAAUUCAAGGAGGGGUGCAGUAUAUGCCUCAGUAUGCAGGUCCAGUGCCAAUUUCUCCUUACUAUCCCUUAUAUCAAAUGCCAAUGCACCCACAGCAUGUAUCUUCUCAUCCAAAUCAACCAUACCCGAUAUAUCUGGUGCCCAUGAGACCACCUCAAUACCAAAAUAUCCCAAUGGUAUGUAGCACCAUUGAUGCAAAUACAGUUACUCCUCCGAGCCUACCACCCUUGCAUCCAAAGACUGCUGCUAUUCCUCAACCUGUGGGCCAUAAAGAAGUAUUUGGAGGUCAAACAUCCGAGUCAGCCACUUACUGCAGUAUCCCAGCUUCGGCACAACUAGUUAAUAUCCCCUCUAAUCAAGGCCAACUAGUUGUAGGGUCUCUAGAGCACCAGAUUCCCUCAGAAUCGGCUAUACCUGUGCCGGUAGUCUCUGCUACUGGGGGCAGUGAAUUUGAUGAAGAAAUUGCAUACAACCAAAUAUACAAAACUCAGCCUUCAGCGCCGAUAUUGCCCUCUCAUUACCAGACAAUGACUAAGGGAACAACAACAUUUCCCGAGCCUUCGGUGCAUGCAAAGUAAUAGGCAGUGUUGCAUCCUCAGUAGUACUGCUGAAUGAAAGGAAUACUGUAUCAGGUGCUCGUUCCUUUGCCUCUGUCAACCCUGUUAAGCGUGAAGUUAAAGAUUAUUGUGGAUGAAUUUCCCCUGUAUGGAGGAUGGUUGAUAUUCAAAGAUUUUGUUUACAGAGCAUACAAAAUAGUUCUUUCUUUGUAUUAAAAUGUUUGUUUCUGGUGAGAUAUGUACCUACUCAAGGUGUAAAAGUUAACUGAAUACUAUACACAAUUUGUUCAUUUGUUUGUAUUUUAUUCAAAUAUUUGUUCC